AUGCGUCCCCAAAACAUUAGGAUCAGAACAGUCCAGCUGGGCCAUGAGCAACACCAGCAGCGACCCCUCGAAGACUGUUUAAUAGGACAGCGAAACCUUCAUGCUAUACAAUCAGCUCUGAUUCGCGGCGAUGAAGAGGUCGUCCUUUUUAAUUGGAAUUCGAUUCCACCACAACUGUGGCAGGACCUUCAUCUGAGUCAACAUCACAUAGGCCAAAAGGCAGUAUACCCUUUCACAGCUUUUGCACCACGCGACGCACCCUGCGAUCCUCGUGGCAACCUUUCACAAGACGCCCGAAACAGUAUAGAAAACAAACGUUGGAGUGGCCUGAAAUUCAAGUUUGUCAAGGUGCUUGCCGAGGGUGGUCAUGGAUACGCCACACUAUGGGACGUCGUUUUCGAAGACACGUCUGUCAGGAGGGUCGUGAUUAAGAGAGCUAUAAACCCUUCGACCAAUGCCUUCGAUCCUCAAGCAGAAGCCAUGUUUCACUUGCGGUAUGACGGUGCCCAGCACACGACACAAGUUAUCGACUUACAUCGCGAGGUAGUGGCUAUACGCACUGACAUGUUGAACCGUGGCACACUUACUCACAGUGCCUUUAGAAAUGGAAAAGAGUGGAAGGCCGAAAAACAGAAUUGCGUUGUCUUUGAGUAUAUGAAAUUCGGUGACAUGGUCAAUAUCAUGCAAACGGUCACUACGAGAAAGGUUCAAAUCCCAGCUCAAGUUCUAUGGGGAAUUUGGGAAUGCCUUGUGCUUGGUCUCGCAACUAUUGCUUAUACGCCAUCCGAAAGCUCUGGCAACUCCAGUUUUGAAACGUGGUGGAAAGACGUAGUGUCUGACAGGGAGGAAGCAAUAGCCUUCCUCGACCAUGUCGACAGAGAGUGGAACAUUGAGCACGAUGUUCAUCUCGAUCUAGAAGUUCUCAAUGUUCUCGCGGGCCAUGAUCCAGCCACGCAUCCUAAUCAGCCUGUUUUCAAGCUCCAUGAUCUCGGUGCCUGGAGCUUUAAUAUGAACCAUGGUUGGGAGACUUACAACGAAAGCCAAAUUUGGCAAAUGAGAGGACCUGUUAAGCUUCAUGCCACGACACCGGAGCAAUUCAGUAAAGAAUGGGAUGAUGUUUUACUCAGCCUAGAGACGGAUAGCUUGAGACAACUCUUUGCAGGUGAAGACUUGGAAAAAGUAGGCGGGACAGAGGUAGCCGGACGUUUUGGCAUAUGGACCAAUAUAUUUCUUAUUGCCAAAGUUAUGGAGUCCAUCAUGACGAGAGAAUUCAGCAGGUUUCCUUACCAGACUGUUAUCCAUGAUCGAACAAACAAGCCGACAUAUGGAGGGAAACUUCAGAACCCACAGUUCCAUCACAUCGACCUCGAAUUGCGAGAUAUCGUGGCGAGGUGUCUGCACGAGAAACCCAAAGACAGGCCCCGUAUUACCCAUCUUUUAAAGAAUGUGUUGGACCGAAAACAGCUAGGCUUCAAUAAUGAAAGCCCAGAGUCUGUUCAUACAUGGUGGGAAACCCUCUUUGAGCCUCAAGCGCCAAAGCCUAUCCCUGCACAAGCACCGCCGCCCGCGAAUCCUGUCAAGCAGGCCGUGGUAGCCUCUGCUGCGAAAGGAGGCUUGGCAAUCGCGUCUCACAUGGCACAAGCAGCUAGAAACCAAGGCGCGCCGAACCAGCCUCAUAUUCCUCCUCACAUACAACAAAUUCUCAACCAACAAAGGAACCAACCCAAUAUAAAGGGACCCCCAGCACAAGCCCCAGCACAAGCUCCAGUUCAACCUCAAGCUGCUCUUCAUAUUCCUCCUCACAUACAACAAAUUCUUAACCAACAAAGGGCCAAACCCAAGGUAAAGGGGCCUCCAGCACAACCUCCAGUUCAGCCCCCAGUUCAGCCUCCAGUUCAGCCUCCAGCUCCUCCUAAGGUUCUCCCUCACUUACGACACGUUCCUGCUCACUUACGAAAUCUUCCUUUUGACCAACGAGGGGUCCAAUAUGGUCCAAAGGAGCCUCCUGCCCAGCAUCAAGCACCUCCUCAAGCUCAAGCACCCCCUCAAGUUCAGCCUCAAACUCCGCCUAAGGUUCCUCCCCAUUUACGACAUGUUCCUCCCCACUUAAGAAAGCUUCCUUUUGAUCAACGAAGGGCUCAGAUCGCUGUAAAGGAGCCUCCAGUACAACCUCCAGCUCAGCUUCAAGCCCAUCGGCCUCAAGCUCCUCCUCAAGGCCAGUAUCAACGUCAAGCCCAGCCUCAAGGUCAGCACCGAGGCCAGCACCGAGGCCGACUUCAAGGUCAACGUCAAGGUCAACGUCAGGGCCAGCAUCGAGUUCCGUACCGAGCCCAGCAGCCCCCAGCCCGGCCUCAAGUCCGGCCUCCAGUCCUACUUCAAGCCCGCUGGCCUGGACCCCAGCCUCAAGUGCAACCUCAAGCUCUGCAACCUCAAGUUCGACCUGGAGCCCAGCCUUAUGUUCCUCCUCACCUACGAAGGGGCCAACGUAAUGUAACCACUUCUGCACUGGGUGAGAAUUUGGGGAACAUACAUCUCAAGCGCGCGACCCAGAUAUCUACUGCAAAGGUUACCCCUGACAUUUCUCCAAAAUCUGUCAAGUCAGGCAGGGUCAGCAAGAAGGCUCCAAAAGCGAAGAAGGCCAGUCGCAAAGUGCCGCCUCGGAAGCACGAUGCUACUGCAGAUUAUGUUAAGAAAGUGUUGCCAGAUAUGCCUGUGGCUAUUCGCAACCUUUUGACUCGCUCGCAACAUCUCGAAUCGGAACUCGAGAAAGAUGGCUUUCACGUGUUUUCUUUCGUGAACUAAAGUCAUACGUAGGGAAAUGGUUUCUAUCGGUGCUCAUGUUUUCGUUUUGAUUAUUGUGAUGGAUAGUCUGGUUAUUACGUCAAGUGAUGCAAAAUUGCAAUGUUUAUGGUGCUUCUGGUCUGUCCUUUAAUCCUCUUUUCUGGCAAUAUUUUCAUAUAGAAUUGUUUCUCGUG